AUGAAUGUGAGUGGCAUCCUCAAAAAUCUGCCAGGCGCAGCUAAUCCAGGACAGUUCGCUCCUCUUAACCCACGGCCGUUGUUGCAACAACUGAUCAACGAUGAUGUUAUUAUUCGCUUGAAAUGGGGACAGACCGAGUACAAAGGGCGACUGAUCAGCGUGGACUCAUACAUGAACAUCCAACUGUCGAACACGGAGGAAUUUAUCGACCGGAAACACACUGGCACACUGGGACAGGUUCUGAUCAGAUGCAACAAUGUCCUCUGGAUAUCGGCGGCAAAAGGAGUAGAGAUGAAUGGCGAAGGAGCAGAUACCAAGAUGGAGGGAUAA